ACAUCUAAGAACCCUGGUCAAUUGGCUAGGGUGUGCUACAUAUAACCAUGGUGUUUGAAUCUCUGGUCAGUGAUCUAUUGAACAAAUUCAUCGGUGAUUAUGUGGAAAACCUGGAUAAGUCCCAGCUCAAGAUUGGUAUUUGGGGAGGAAAUGUAGUUCUGGAAAAUCUCCGUGUUAAGGAAAAUGCAUUGAGUGAGCUGGAUGUUCCAUUCAAAGUGAAAGCGGGCCAGGUUGGUAAGCUGACGCUGAAGAUUCCCUGGAAAAACCUUUAUAGUGAGCCAGUGGUUGCAACGCUAGAUGGUCUGUAUCUUCUUGUGGUUCCUGGAGCAACUGAAUCUGGUUUAUAUUCAACCCCAUACAAUGCCAUUAAGUACGAUGCGGCGAAGGAGGAGAAGUACAACCAGGAGGCCAAGCAGAAGGAGCUGCAGCGCAUUGAAGACGCCCUGCUGACGGCCGCGCGCAGAGAGAAACCAAAAGAUGAGAAAAAGGACACAUUCGCUGAGAAGAUGGCCACGCAAGUCAUUAAGAACCUGCAAGUCAAGAUCACCAGCAUCCACAUCAGAUAUGAGGAUGACGUGUCAGACCCCCAGCGACCUCUUUCCAUGGGUGUCACCCUCAGCGAGCUCAGCCUGCAGACGACAGAUGCGAAUUGGAAGGCUUGUAUACUGAACGAAGCAGCCAAAAUCAUCUACAAGCUGGGCCGGUUAGAAUGCCUGUGUGCCUACUGGAAUGUUGACAGUUCUAUGUUCUACAGAGGCUCAUGGGACGAGAUAGUGGGCAAACUGAAAGGAGGGAUUAGCACUAAAGACCAGGAGCUGAAAGAAUAUCAAUAUAUUUUCAAGCCAAUCUUUGCCUCUGCGAAAAUGUGCAUUAACCCGAAUACUGAGGUUGAAUUCAAAUCACCAAAAGCCGACCUUUACCUGGAAGUGCAGAACAUUGCCUUUGAGAUGACCAAACCCCAGUACCUUACUAUGAUUGACCUUCUUGAAUCAAUAGAUUGUAUGGUUAAAAAUGGUCCAUACAGGAAAUACAGGCCAGAUGUAGCUGUACACACUAAUGCGAAACAUUGGUGGAAGUAUGCCUUUAACAGCAUCUUUGAGGUUCAUAUCAGGAGAUUCAACCAGAUGUGGUCAUGGUCGCACAUCCGUGAGCACAGACGGACCCUGAAGGCCUACAAACAGGCAUUCAAAGACAAGCUUACACAGGGAAAGAUGAAGGAAGAAACUGAAAAGAAAAUUCAGGAUCUGGAAAAAGUCCUUGAUGUCUUUAACAUUACCUUAGCCCGUCAGCAAGCGCAAAUGGAGGUGAUCCGAUCGGGGCAGAAGCUGGCGAAGAAGGCCGCGGGGCAGAAGCAGAGGGGCGGUGGCUUCUUCAGCAGCCUCUUCGGAAAGAAAGAUGGCAAGAAGGAAGAGCAGGAGGACUCCAAAGAGUCUGACAGCAUAGAUGAAUUGAUGACUGCUGAGCAGAAGACCCAGCUCUACACUGCCAUAGGCUACAGUGGCAGCUCACAUAACCUGGCCGUGCCCAAGCAUUAUGUGGCUGUGAUUGUGACCUUCAAGCUGUUCAGAACGUCCAUCACUGUACGAGAAAAGCAUGAUGUUCCUGAGAUCCUCAAAGUCCAAAUGAUCGACUUGAGUACCAGAAUAUCCCAGCGGCCCGGAGCACAAGCCAUCAAAGUGGAGGCCAAGCUGGAGCACUGGUAUGUGACAGGUCUGAAGCAGCAAGGGGAAGUUCCCUCCCUCAUUGCCUCAGUUGGGGACUCCAGCUCCUCCCUUCUCAGCAUCCUGUUUGAGAUAAACCCAGACGGAAGCAGUGCUGACCAGCUGCUGAGGGUCCAGUCCCAGCCUGUUGAGAUAAUCUAUGAUGCUCUGACAGUAAACAGCAUGGCUGAGUUCUUCAGGACAGGAAAAGGGGUGGAUUUAGAAGUGCUGACAUCUGCCACUCUCAUGAAGUUGGAGGAGAUUAAAGAGAAGACUGCUUCUGGUCUUUCACAUAUAAUCGAAACACGGAAAAUUCUGGAUCUCAGGAUUGAUCUGAAACCAUCAUACCUGCUGGUGCCAAAGACAGGCUUCUAUAAUAAGAAAUCAGAUCUGAUGAUAUUAGACUUUGGUAGUUUACAGCUGAACAGUGUGGACCAGGGAGGCCACCAGCAGGUAUCUGCCAGCUUCUCCUCUUUAGAGGAGAUAAUGGACAGAGCUUAUGAGAGAUAUUCCCUUGAGCUUCGAAGUGUCCAAGUGCUGUACAGCAAAUCAGGGGACGAGUGGAAAAGCGCUCGACUGCAGGGCUUCUCCAAACAGCAUAUCCUCCGGCCUAUGGACUUCAAGGUCCAGCUGGCCAAAUGUAUGGUGGAGAAAGAUGCCAGGAUGCCCAGGUUCAAAGUGUCCGGAGAGCUGCCGUUGAUGCAUGUGAAGAUAUCGGACCAGAAGAUCCAAGGGGUUUUUGACCUGGUCAACAGUAUCCCACUUCCUCAGACAUCCUCACCCCCCAGUACCCCCACUGCAAAGGUGCGUGCUGUGCCUUUAACUCAAGCCAGACCUCGAGUGCUUAGCUUAGGGCCUUCAGCACUCCUAGACAUCAUAGAAACAGAUUCGGAUGAAGAUGUGAGCGAGAGGUCUCAGGGAGAAGAUGUACUGAAGACCCCGAUGGAGGAACUGACCGAAGUCCAGUUUAAGUUUGAAGUCAAAGAGGUUCUGAUGGAGCUGACGAGGCAGGCAAACCAGGAGAACACUUUCCUGGCGCUGGCCGUGUCCCAGCUGGGGGCCGAGGGCAAGAUGAGGACCUUCGACCUUGCCAUCACCGCCUACCUGAGGAAAGUCAGCUUGGACUACUGCGAGAUCAGAGAUGUUCAGAACCAGCCACUUCAUUUAAUCAGCUCCUCUGACAAACAUGGAUCAGAUCUAUUAAAAGUGGAGUACAUCAAAGCGGAUGUGAAUGGGCCUAAGUUUCAGACUCUGUUUGAUAACACUGAGCAAACGUUAAAGGUGGAGUUCUCCUCUUUGGACUUUCUCUUGCACACCAAAGCACUGCUCUCCACCAUCAACUAUCUGAACACUGCUCUGCCCAAAGAGCUGACCGCCUCCAGGGAGAAGGAGUCCAAGAAGCAGGUGGACAAAGGAGGCAGCGGAAGUACUGUUUCCAAGAGCCAUAAAGACAAAAAUGUCUUUAACUUCAAACUUUUUGCCAAUCUGGGGUCAUUCCGGGUGGAGGUCUGUGAUGACCAGCGCAGCAUUGCCGACAUCAGAAUCCAGGGGAUCUAUAGUUCUGUUUCCGUCCAGGCUAAAGAGACAGAGGUUUUUGCAAGGUUGCGGGACAUUGUUGUGAUAGAUGUUGACCCAAAGACCAUCCACAAAAAGGCUGUGUCCAUCGUAGGAGAGGAGGUGUUCAGCUUUAGGAUGACCCUGUACCCCAACGCCACUGAGGGCGAAGGCUACAGCGACACCUCCAAGGUGGAUGGGAAGGUGACGCUUAAGCUGGGCUGCAUCCAGAUCGUGUACUUACACAAGUUCCUCAUGUCCCUCCUGGACUCUCUUAGCUAUCAGUACACAUCGACCGAUGAGAAAUUCGUUGACAACUUCCAGACGGCGAAGGAGGCUCUGACUGCCGCCACCGCACAGGCCGCGGAGAAGGCGGCGUCCAGCGUGCGCGACUUCGCCCGAAAGAGCUUCCGCCUCUCCAUGGACGUGCGGCUGAAGGCUCCCGUCAUCAUCAUCCCGCAGUCCUCCACAUCCCACAAUGCCUUUGUGGUGGACCUGGGUCUGAUCACCGUGAAGAAUAGCUUCCGUCUCGUGUCCGCUGAGGGAUUCCCGCUCCCCGCCGUCGUGGAGAAAAUGGACGUGAAUCUCACCCAGCUGAAGCUGUCCAGGACCACUCUGAAGGGAAACUCCUCCCAGCCUGACAUUGAGAUCCUGCAGCCCAUAAACCUUGAGCUGCUUGUCUGUCGGAAUCUUGCCGCAACCUGGUUCACCAAAAUCCCUGGAGUGGAAGUCCGAGGAGUUCUGAAGUCCAUGAACAUGGCUUUGGGUCAGGAGGACUUUGGUGUGCUUAUGAAGAUCAUCGUUGAAAAUAUAGGAGAGGGAAGCAGGGACCAGGCGCCAGACGUGAAGAGAGGAGAUGCCAAAGGGGAUGCUGGGACAGACUACAAAUUCAGAGACAAAGCAGGAAGCGAAGAGCAGCAGAAGACUGUCUCUCCCUCGCCAGUGACGGUCAAUGGAGCAGGUGGAGAAAACAUCGUCAACGUCCUGCUGAACUUCCAAAUCAAUGAGGUGGUGCUGAAGCUGAAAAAGGCCCAGAACCAGACCGAGUGCCCCUUCCUGGUGCUGCACGCCGCCAAUCUUGGCAUCGACACGCGCGUGCGCAAGUACGACAUGUGUGCCAGCACCUACAUCAAAAAGAUCACUAUGAAGUGCCUGGAGUUCUCAGAUUCCAGUGGUGAACCCCUGAGUCUGAUCAGCUCCUCAGUGGAGACUGGAGGUGCUCUCCUUAAAGUGCAGUAUUACAAGGCUGACCGAAAUGGACCAAACUUUGCCUCGGUUUACAAGAACACUGAACAGAUGAUCAAUGUGACGUUCUCUUCUCUCGACCUGAUGCUGCACACCGAGGCUCUGCUCUCCACCAUCAACUUCCUGACCGCCGCCCUGUCCUCUGGGGACACCCCCUCCCCCGAGGGCCAGCAGAGGCUGAGGGCUGAUGACGGCAAGGCCCUCGCCACCAGAACAGUGUCCCCAGGCUCUCCCUCAGAUGGGGAUGUGAUUGAUCUGAAAAUCAUCAUGCAGCUCGGUGCUUUCAAUAUCCUGGUGUGUGAUCAGAGUUGCAGCAUCGCGGACAUAAAGAUCCAGGGCUUUCAGGGGUCUCUGCUGAUGAAGGGGACUCAAACACACAUCUCGGCCGGCCUCCGAGAUUUCAUCGUCAUCAACGCUGACCCGAAAACCAUCCACAAAAAGGCGAUCUCCAUCGUGGGAGACGAGGUGUUCAGUUUCGCCAUGAACCUCACCCCAAAAGCCACUGAGGGGCCUGGGUAUACCGACACCUCCAAGGUCGACGGCAAGGUCAAACUCAAUGUGGGCUGCAUCCAAGUGCUUUACCUGCACAAGUUUGUCAUGUCUCUCCUGAACUUCACCAACAACUUCCAGACGGCGAAGGAGGCUCUGACAGCCGCCACGGCUCAGGCCGCGGAGAAGGCCGCGUCCAGCGUGCGCGACUUCGCCCAGAAGAGCUUCCGCCUCUCCAUGGACGUGCGGCUGAAGGCUCCCCUCAUCAUCAUCCCGCAGUCCUCCACAUCCCUCAAUGCCCUGGAGGCAGACCUGGGUCUGAUCACCGUCGGGAACAGCUUCUCCCUGCUGCCCGUGGAAGGCCGUCCUCUCCCCGCGGUCAUCGACGAGAUGGACAUCCAGCUCACCCAGCUCAAGCUCAGCAGGAUUUACCUGGACACUGACUCAGUCCAGCCCAGCACUAAGCUCCUGGAGCCAGUCAAUUUCCUCCUGUCAGUCAAGAGGAACCUGGCUUCUGCCUGGUUUACCAAGAUGGCUGCCGUAGAGAUUGAUGGGGACCUGAAACCCAUGAAGGUUGCUCUGAGCCAGGAUGACCUCUCGGUUCUGUUGAAAAUCCUGACGGAAAACAUCGGGGAGGCAGCCGGGCUGCAGACGGACGCGCGGGUCUGCGCAGACGCAGCACUGAAGCAGCAGGCUCUGCGCCCGGGGGCACAAUCUCCCAGAGGGGAAGUUGAGCAGCAGAAGGAAAGUAAGCACCCAGAGGAAGAGCCACUGGAGACCAUGAAAUUUAACUUCAACAUUGAGUCCCUGGCGUUGGUGCUCUACAAUAACGACCCUAAGCUGGUGGCCCCAAUUAGCCGGCACGAGGAGAGCCUGUGCUUGGGGGAGUUCACCCUGCACUUGAUUAAGGCCUCGGGGAAGAUGUUCAACAGCGGGGCCCUGGAGGUGUCCACCAGCCUCUCCUCCUGCACCCUGGACGACAAGAGAUCGGGAAUCCAGAGGGUCACCUCCAGGAUGGUGGGGAAGCGGGUCGAGGACAGCACCGAUGCCAUGAUCGACAUGACGUACUCGCAGGACGACAGCUCCCGGUCGGUGGUGGCUGUGCUUCAGAAGCUCUAUCUCUGCGCCAGCGUGGAGUUCCUCAUGGCCGUGGCUGAAUUCUUCCUCCAGGCUCUGCCCCAGAGCCCGCCCACUGCUCCCGAUAGGUUUGGCCAGCUGCCUCUCAAGCAGAUUGCAGAACCAAAGAUCUACGUCGACCCCAAAAUAUCCUCGGUGCCUAAGAUGAAGAUCCGAGCUGUGGUAGUGGACCCUGAGGUGGUGUUUGUGGCAAACCUCAUGAAGGCUGAUGCCCCAGCACUGGUAGCCUCCUUCCAGUGCGACUUCUCCCUGGAGAUGGAUGAAGCUGUCCAGGCCAUGAAGGCCAAUCUCAGGGAGCUCAAAGUUCUGGCCUGUCCCUUCAUCCGCAACAAAGAGGACAAAGCAGUCACCACCGUUCUGCGUCCAUGCUCCGUUGUCCUUGAAACAAAAAAGCGUCAAAACGAACCGUUAGCUGGAUCUGUGACUGUGGAGGAAGUCAUCAUUAAAAUCUCCCCAGUGAUUCUCAACACUGUCAUGACCAUCACGGCAGCCAUGACACCCAAAUCGAAAGAGGACCAGAAAGAGGAGGAAACGGGUGACCUCGGCAAACUAUGGUCCAUCAUGAACAUAUAUGAGAGCAACCACUGGUUCCUUGGUGUAGAUACGGCCACCGAAGUCACGGAGAGCUUCAGAGACCAGGACGGCCGCAAUGCCGGGGAGAGCUUUGCGGUAGAGGUUAAGGUGGUGCAGGUCACUCUGGAGUCCGGUCUGGGUCAUCGCACAGUCCCCCUCCUGCUGGCUGAGACAUCUCUCAGUGGCACCGCCAAGAACUGGUCAUCCCUGCUCAACGUCAGCGCGGAUAUGACGCUGGAGGUGAACUACUUCAAUGAGACCCAUGCUGUCUGGGAGCCUUUCAUCGAGAGAGUGGACAACGGGAAGCGCCGUUGGAACCUGAAACUGGAGAUAAAAAACAACCCGGUCCAGGAUAAGAGCCCAGUUCCCGGGGAAGAUUUUAUCGCUCUCCCAGACCCUCAAACUGCCAUCAACAUCUGCUCAAAGGACACCAUGAACAUCACCAUUUCCAAAUGCUGCAUCAACGUGUUCAAGAACUUAGCCCAGGCUUUCUCUGAGGGAACAGCCUCUACGUUUGACUACUCUCUGAAGGAGAAGGCCCCGUUCACUAUCCACAAUGCACUGGGCAUCCCGCUCGUCGUGCAGCACAGCACCAACCUGCGCGUGGCCAACUCAGCAUCCCGCGGCAAGCUGCACGAGGUGCCCGUGGGCCAGAGCCUGGAUCUGGAAUAUUCCGUCUUCGAACCCUCGGCACGGGGGAAGCUUUCUGCCCUCCAACGCCAGGAGAGUUGCCUCUUCAACCUCAGUUUGGUGCCAUCCGGGUACAGUGAGAUCGCAAACAUCCCCGUGGACAAACCGGGGCGGAGACUGUACAACGUGCGAGGGCCCAUGACUCAGGAGGCCGUCACCGUGCUGGUGCAGACAGACGCCACCGAAGGAAACAAAGUCAUCACCGUGCGCUCGCCCCUGCAGAUCAUGAACCACUUCUCCGUGCCCUUCACCAUUCUGAAAUACUGCCCCACUUCAGGAGGACUCGUCAGUAUCGGUGUCGCUGAGCCAGAAAAUGAGUCCCACGUGGCUCUGGACUCUUACAGGGGGCAGCUGUUCCUGCAGCCCGUGGGCCGUCUGAAGGGUCAGUACCAGCCGUCGUCCACCUGCAUCGCCUGGAAGGAGCAGGUGCACUGCAGCACGGAGGUGCGGGCCAUCCUCCAGUGCCCCUCCAGCGAGAGCAACUUCCUGCCCCUGGUGGUCAGCACGCUGGCCGUGCCUGACGACAUCCGCUACAUCUCCCGCAAGGGCGAGGAUGACUGGGACCCCGCCUACAUCAUCCACCUGCACCCCACCGUCACCAUUCGCAACCUGCUGCCCUACUCCCUGCGCUACCUGCUGGAGGGGUCAGCAGAGACCCACGAGCUGCUGGAGGGGAGCACGGCGGACGUUCUGAACGCGCGCAUCAGCGGCGAGAUCAUGGAGCUGGUGCUGGUGAAGUACCAGGGCCGCAACUGGAACAGCCACGUGAAGAUCCACCAGGGCAUGGCCGAGUUCUUCUCCGUGUGCUUCAGCUGCGACUCGGCGGAGAAGCUGACGGUGGACGUGUGCGUGCACACAGCGCAGGCCGGGGGCCGCAUGGUGCUGUCCGUCUUCAGCCCCUACUGGAUCAUCAACAAGACCUCCCGCGUCCUGCAGUACCGUGCCGAGGACGUCUACGUCAAACACCCCUCUGACUUCCGCGACGUUGUGCUCUUCUCCUUCAAGAAGAAGAACAUCUUCAGCAAGAACAAGCUGCAGCUGUGUGUCUCCACCAGUACAUGGUCAGAUGGAUUCUCCCUGGACACAGUUGGAAGUUAUGGCUGUGUGAAGUGUCCUGCCAGUAACAUGGAGUACCUGGUGGGCGUUAGCAUCCAGAUGAGUAGCUUUAACCUGACACGAAUUGUGACCAUGAGCCCCUUCUACACACUGGUCAAUAAGUCGUCCUAUGAGCUGGAGGCGGGGGAGGUUCAGAUGGAUGAGACCAUCAUGCGGGGGAAGUGGCAUUACAUUACAUCCAAAGAGUGUCUUCCUCUGUGGCCGGAGUCCACCACAGGGAAGCUGUGUGUCCGUGUCGUGGGCUCAGACAGCUCGUCCAAAUCCUUCUUCUUCAACAAGCAGGACAAUGGUACCCUGCUCAGCGUGGACGUGUGCGGUGGAGUCAUCGUCGACGUGAACAUUUCAGACCACUCCACCGUCAUUAGCUUCAGCGACUACUACCACGGCUCCGCCCCCGCUCUCAUUAUCAACCACACCCCCAAGGCCACCAUGUACUACAAGCAAAGCGGGUCGCCCAAAGCUCUGGAGCUGAAGCCAGGAGAGGGGCAGCGCUUCGCCUGGGACAACCCCGCCGGGACCCGAAAGCUGGCCUGGAGCUACAUGGAGCAGAGCGGGGAGCUGGACCUGAUCAAGGAUGAGUGCGGCCAGUUCGCCUAUGACAACGCGUCCCAGAUCCACUGGGUGUCCUUCCUGGACGGAAGGCAGCGGGUGCUGCUGUUCACCGAGGACGUGGCGGUGGUGACCAAAGCUCGGCAGGCGGAGGAGAUGGAGCAGUUCAAGCAGGAGAUCAACGUCUCCCUGCAGAACCUGGGCGUGUCCCUCAUCAACAACGACCUGAAGCAGGAGAUCGCCUAUGUGGGCAUCACCAGCUCUGGAGUCGUGUGGGAGAUGAGGCCGAAGAAUCGCUGGAAGUCCUUCAAUCAAAAGAACAUCAACCUUCUGGAGACGGCCUACCAGAAACACCUGUCUGGGAAAUCUGAUCAAAGCUGGGUGAAAGUGGAAGCCCUUGAGGUGAACUUCGGCCGGAUGGCCAUGCGCCAGCCGUACCCCUGCAGCAUUCGCAGGAACUUCCUGUCUGGGAUCCAGGUGGAGUUCAAACAGUCCCCGCACCAGAGGAGCCUGCGUGCCCAGCUGCACUGGCUCCAGGUGGAUAACCAGCUCACAGGUGCUAUAUUUCCCAUUGUGUUUCAUCCAGUUCCUCCCCCCAAGUCCAUCGCCUUAGACUCAGAGCCAAAGCCAUUUAUUGAUGUCAGCAUCAUCACAAGAUUUAAUGAACACAGCCAAGUCAUGCAGUUUAAGUACUUCAUGGCUCUAGUCCAGGAGAUGGCUGUGAAGAUUGAUCAGGGCUUCCUUGGGGCGAUUAUCGCACUCUUCACUCCUGCCACUGACCCGGAGGAUGAAAAGCAGAAGAAUAAGCUCAUUGAGAAGGAUCUUGAGUCGCUGCAGGCAGAGCUCAUGGAGACAUCAAUGACGGACACCUCAGGCCUCAGCUUCUUUGAGCACUUCCACAUCUCCCCUAUCAAAUUGCACCUGAGCCUGUCCCUGGGCUCCAGUGGAGAGGACUCUGAGCACCAGGAAAUGGUCGCCAUCCAGUCCGUAAACUUACUCCUGAAAAGCAUCGGGGCGACUCUGACAGAUGUGGAUGAUCUCAUCUUUAAGCUGGCCUUCUUCGAAGUGAAGUACCAAUUCUACAGAAGAGAGAAGCUGAUGUGGGCUGUGAUCCGACACUACUCUGAACAGUUCCUGAAGCAGAUGUAUGUGCUGGUGUUGGGCCUGGAUGUGCUGGGGAAUCCGUUUGGACUCAUUCGAGGCCUGUCUGAGGGAGUGGAGGCCUUCUUUUACGAGCCCUUCCAGGGAGCCGUCCAGGGGCCAGAGGAGUUUGCAGAGGGCUUUGUGAUUGGAGUGCGCAGUCUGCUGGGACAUACAGUGGGGGGAGCUGCAGGGAUGGUGUCUCGGAUCACUGGCUCUGUGGGCAAAGGCCUAGCCGCCAUCACCAUGGACAAAGAGUACCAGCAGAAACGCAGGGAGGAGAUGAACCGAACGCCCAAAGACUUUGGGGAGAGUCUGGCCAAAGGAGGGAAGGGCUUUCUCAAGGGUGUGGUCGGUGGAGUGACUGGGAUUGUCACAAAACCUGUGGAAGGGGCGAAGAAGGAGGGCGCGGCUGGGUUCUUCAAGGGCAUCGGGAAGGGCCUGGUGGGGGUGGUGGCCCGGCCCACGGGGGGCAUCGUGGAUAUGGCCAGCAGCACCUUCCAGGGGAUCCAGAGGGUGGCGGAAUCGACGGAGGAGGUGACCAAGCUGAGGCCUGUUCGGCUCAUCAGUGAGGAUGGCAUCGUUCGGCCGUACGACCAGGUGCAGUCCCAGGGCUACGACCUGUUCCAGAGGUCAGAGAUUAAGCAGCUAGACGGAGAGAUAUUCCGAGAGCACUCUGAAUUCCCUGGCCACAGAAGAACCAACAUAAUUGUGACCAACAGGCGAGUCCUGUGUGUGAAGGAGAUUGAGUUUGUAGGACACUUCAAUAAGGAGUGGGAGUGCUUAUUUGAACACUUCAGCCGGCCUCCAGUUGCGAGUGGAGGAGACCUGAGAUUAUACUGCAAGGAACAGAACAAACUGAAUUUCCCCAAGAAGGAUGGACAGGAGCCAGUGAGGGUUGUGCAUCUUAAGGAGGCAGCUGUUGCCCAGAAACUGUGCGACGCCAUCACAGAGGCCCAGGUGGCCUGUCGCCAGCAUCGCAUGGCGAGGCAGAAGUCCCAGCGCUUCCUCAAGCCUGGCGGCCGGAGCUAGGCUCACCGCACACCGGCGUCACCGCACACCGGCGUCACCGCACACCGGCCACACCGCGCACCGGCCACACCGCGCGGGAAAAAGAGCUUGCACUAACACCUGUUCCUUUUGUCUGCCUAUUCCUGUUUACAAACACACAGGGUAUUGCCUAACUGGGAUUUAGCAUCCGAAGGGAUAGAAUUGAAUUCCUUAAACUUGCCAAAUGCAUUGAAACACCGUGACUAAGAAAGGGAUAACCGAUGAGAUGAAUGUGUGUGUUUCAAACUGCCAAAUGCAUUCAAACACUGAGACUAAGAAAGUGCUAACUGAUUAGAUGAUUGUAUGUGUUUUAAACUGCAAAAUGUUUUCAGACACCAAGACAAAGAAAGUGAUGACUGACAAGAUGAAUGUACAAAUGUAAAGCACUAAUUAGUCAGCGGCAUACAGUACCUUGUUCAGUUUCUUGUUUUUGUUGUUAAUGGUCCUUUAAAGACAUGAAAUGUUGAACAUACAUCAGAAGGACAAAUGUAUGGAGUAUGUAGUAGUUUUAGUGGGAUUAGUGGUAAUUAGUGUGUUUGUUCAGGUUGUUGAUUUAUUUUUAUUUGGCUUUUUGUGUUGAAAUGAGGCAGCUAGCACUUUAUUAUUUUAUUUUGGUACACCUGCUUCAGUUCAGUGGCAAUUUGAGCUUGUUUCCACAAGUGUUCAUCAGGAAAAGGAGUCAUUUAAAGAUGAUUUUGGAAAAGUAUGUAUACCACUCCAUAUACUCUAGUAUGCAUUCAAUUUAAUUUACCAGGGAGAAAUCAUGUCACUAUAAGACUAUGCAAAUGUUAUAUACAAGCAACACACGUCCAUAUAAAAGUAUAUGUAAUAAUCAAUGAUCAAUUUGAAGGACCAAAGAACCGAACAAAUAAACAACGAUACAUAUAUUUUACUUGAAGUAUUUUCUAUGUGAAUGCGGGAUUAAGGUGAGUGGGUUUGUUCCCUAUCUGUUAGUCUGCUCCUUUUCAGUAUUCUUCUGCUCAAUUUAGAUGAUAAUAACAUGCAUCAUUUUACUCCUUAUUCCAGUAGGUACAGUUGUAUUUCAAACAUGUUUUAAGGCUUCUUUUUUUCUGAUUGUUUAUGGAACAUAUCCCUGUCAUUAUUCAGCUUCAACAUAUCUACAAAGCCCUUAAUCACAAUCACUUGGGGAGAUGGAAUUAAAAACGUGAAUUAAAGCCUGA